AUGAAUUGAGCGACGGGUCAUCUAGUCCCUCUUUAAAAUCUUAAAAGAAUCAAGAGCGUUCUCCCUCUUUCCGUCUGUGGUGUGGUGUGGACGCAAUGGCUAGUGAAGAUAAUAGUAAUUUAGAAGCCCUAAAGACCUCCAUGGAAAACCUCAAUGUACAACAACAACCCUCAUCGUCUAGCCGAUACUACGCUGCUCCUGUUAACGGCGUGGAGGUCACUUGCUUCACGGAGGUCGUCGAUGACGUAACCAUUCACCUCCAGAUUAUCCAUCUUGGCAAACAGAUAUAUGCAUGGAUUGGUUGCAACUCUGGUAAAUUAGGUCACUUGUAUGCUGCUGCAUCCACUCGCCCUAAUAAUACGGCAAGUGUGACUUGUGUACUCGGAGGAAAUUCUGACAAUUCAGGAACUGGCAUUGCUCGACGAUUAGUGUUGAAGACUGGACUAAAUAUAAUGUUGGCUUCUAACAUUCCUAAGAACAGUCCCUUGCUUGAGGGGCUCCUGAGAUUGAAUAGUCAAAAAGCGGGUGCUGUAGCAUCCAUAUCAGAUGCAUCACCCGUCCAUUACAUAGUUAAAAUAGAGUUAUUUUCGUUACUUGCAAAAAAUUCGGUGGAGAAAUAUGAAUCAGGGGUUUUUGAAGCUGGAGGCUAUACAUGGAAAUUGGUUCUUUAUCCAAGUGGAAACAAGAGCAGGAAUGUAAAAGAUUACAUCUCUCUCUAUUUAGCAAAGGUUGACGCCAGUUCUCUUCCACUUGGUUGGGAGGUCCAUGUGAUUUUCCGGUUGUUUCUGCUUGACCAAAACAAGGACAGCUACUUGGUAAUUCAAGGACAGGAAAGACGUUUUCAUGGAUUGAAGCUUGAAUGGGGUUUUGAUCAAUUCAUUCAGCUUUCAACAUUUAAUGAUUCUCGUUACGGAUUCCUUCUGGAAGACACUUGUGUGCUUGGAGCAGAAGUAUUUGUCCGUAGAGAAAGAAGCAGAGGCAAAGGAGAGGUUUUAUCAAUGAUAAAGCAACCUACUGCUGCUUUCAAGCACACUUGGAAGAUCGAAAACUUUUUGAAGUUGGAUGAAAAACGUCAAGAAUCACAAACAUUCAGCUCGGCAAGUGAAAAAUGGAAGAUACUACUAUAUCCUAAGGGAAAAGAUUUUGGAAUGGGCACUCAUCUUUCUCUGUACUUGGCUGUGGAUUUGGAAACCCUCCCUGCUGGUUGCAGACUAUAUGUGGAUUACACCCUGCGCAUUGUAAAUCAAGUCAAGGAUAGGAACUUAGACCUUUCUGGUAAAGCUAAACAAUGGUUUGGUGCCUCAAGAUCAGAAAGUGGAUGGACAAGAUAUGUUUCCCUGGAUUAUAUUUACCAGCCAAACAAUGCCUAUGUUAUUAAGGGCAUUUGCAUAAUUGAAGCAGAGGUCAAUGUACUUGGAAUUAGCUCUCCAUUUUAGUUAUAAUUUUAUUUUUUUAUUUUCAAUAAGAAAUAUAAUGAAUAUCAUGUCAAGAAUUUCAUCCA